AGGCCUUCAUUUCCCUUUUGGCUGCAAGCGCUACGGUAUUUGCUGCCGCAGUUCCAGGCGACGAUGAUAAGAGCGGCAACGUCGGCAAAGGAGAGCAAGACAAUGGCUACGACGCAGGAUACGAUUCUGGCUACGACACUGGCAGCAAAGGCAACGGCAACGGCAAUGGUAAUGGUAGUGGCAAUGGUGGAGUCAAAACCGUCACCGUCACCGUAAAGGGCAACACCGAGUGGAAGACGCAAUGGAACACAAAGACCAUAACUUCGACUUCGACCAGGAGAGAUCCUCCUCGCACGAUCACUGUCGAGGCAGAUCCAGUCACUCGCACCACCACCGUCACCGUCAAUGCGGCUCCCGCAGCAACCACGCCUGAGAUUCUCAACGUUCGUCUGCACCCCAACGCUGGCUGUUCCUCGAACUCAGUCCGAGGUGAUGGUAACCAGGUGGACUACUCUGAAGUGGCCAUCGCCGUUCCUGUUAGUCGCAAGGGCCGUGGCGACCGCAAGAGCCAGUGCUACAACACACCAAACGACUUCUCAAGCCUCUCCUUCGAGAGCUUCUUCGGACGCAAGGGCCUCGAUGGCUGCACUGUCCAAGUCUUCGACGACCAGAACUGCCAAGGAGGUCGCAUCUUGAGAUCUAUCGGAGUCAACAACAACGAGCGUGAGUGCUACAAUGUUCAAGCCGGGGGCCAGAACGGCGGUCAGAACGGAGGCCAGAACGGAGGCCAGAAUGGCUGGGGCAACUCUGGCAGUGGUCGUGGCAAUGGCAACGACGGCAAAGGCAGCCAGCAAAAUGGCCAGCAGAAUGGUCAGCAGGGUGGUCAGCAUGGCAAUGGUGGCAGCUCCUCCAACAACGGAUCCAAGGGCGGCAAGACCCAAGGCCCAGGCGCUCAAUCUGUGCUCCUCGUUUGCAAGAACUAA